CAUAAGCUCCAUUGUUUCCAUUAAUUUGUGAUCAGAUAGAUGAUGAUGAGUACCCGCAUUGCUCCUUUCUUGCUUUGGCUACUAUCCUCAACUGCCUUGUUCAACUUGAGGCUAUUACUAUUAUGUGAUGGGAUUAAUAUUCCAGAUGACGAAGUUGUUUGCAAUGAAAAGGAAAAACGAGCACUUCUAAGCUUCAAACAAGGUCUCACUGACCCUUCAAACAGGCUAUCCUCAUGGUUUGUGGAACAAGAUUGUUGUACAUGGACAGGAGUCCGGUGCAACAAUAUUACUGGUCGAGUCGUCGAGCUUCACCUCCACAAUGACCACUCUCUUGAUGACUAUGAAUCUUAUCAGGCGCACUCGUUGGGUGGGAAGAUCACUCCCUCUUUGCUGGAAUUAGAAUAUCUGAGUUACUUGGACUUGAGCAACAAUGAUUUCACAGGUGCUAGUGUUCCAAGUUUCUUAGGUUCUAUUGGAAGUUUGAGAUAUCUCAACCUUUCUCUAUCGUUUUUUGAGGGGUUGAUUCCUCAUCAGCUUGGGAACCUCUCGAACCUUCGUUUUCUCGAUCUAACUGAUCAUAAUCUACUUUCUGUUGAUGGCCUUAGUUGGAUUGCUGGUCUUCAUUCCUUGGAAUUCCUUGACAUGAGUGGGAUCGACCUUCACGAGGCAGCUGAUUUGUAUCAAUCCGUUAGCAAGCUCAAAUCCCUUUCAGAACUACAUUUGUCCGGCUGUGGACUCAAAGGGCUGAUUCCUCAUCAGCUUGGCAAUCUCUCAAGCCUCCGUCAUCUCGACUUAAGCUAUAAUGAUCAACUUUAUGUUGAUGACCUUAGUUUGAUCGCUCGUCUUUAUUCCUUGGAAUACCUCGACAUGACAGGGGUCAACCUUAGCAGGGCAGUUGAUUGGCUUCAAGCGGUGAGCAUGCUUCCUUCCCUUUCACAACUAUAUUUGUUCGACUGCAAACUCGAGAAAAUAUUAAUUCCAACUCUUGCUCGCGUUAAUUUUUCAUCUCUUAAAGUCCUUGAUCUUUCUCACAACCAUUUUGAGUGCGAGAUACCAGAUCAGUUGUUUAAUCUCACCAGUAGCCUUGUGCAUGUUGACCUAUCUCACAAUUUCCUAUAUGGUCAUAUACCUAGAAGCAUUUCAAAUCUUCACAUGUUGAGCUAUUUAGAUUUCGAAAAAAAUAUUCUUAGCGGGCAAAUCCCAGACGAGCUUGGGCAAUUGAAACAUCUUGAAUAUGUGUCACUUAUUCGCAACUCAUUGUCUGGUCCCAUUCCAGCAUCUAUUGGAAACUUAUCGGCCUUGAGAGUAUUAUUUCUUAAUGAAAAUCAAUUGAAUGGCUCUUUUCCAAAGAGUGUGGGAUUCCUCUCGAACCUUGAGGAAUUACACGUAGGUCAAAAUUCCAUAUCAGGCAUUGUUUCCGAAAUCAAUUUUGCCAAACUCUCAAAAUUGAAAAUUUUGGAAAUGUUUUCGAACCCUCUCUUCUUCAAUGUGACUUCCGAUUGGGUUCCUCCUUUUCAACUUGAUGAACUUCGGAUGAGCUCCUGCGAGAUGGGUCCAACAUUUCCUUCAUGGCUACGAACACAAGCAUCUUUGUCUGCGUUAGACAUUUCUGAGUCGAAAAUUUCGGAUGUAGCUCCGGAAUGGUUGUGGAAGUGGGCGUCACGAGUUGAGUCUGUCGAUCUCUCCAACAAUCACAUAAGUGGAGACAUAUCCAACGUGUUGCUAAAUUCUACCGUUGUUGAAUUGAGUUCUAAUCUUUUCAAGGGUCAGUUACCACAUUUGUCUCCAAAUGUUCUAAUGUUGAACCUUGCAAACAAUUCUCUCUCUGGACCCAUUUUCCCAUUCUUGUGCCAAUAUAUGAAAGGAGAAAGUAUGUUGGUAGUUCUAGACCUAUCGAAUAAUUUAUUAUCAGGCGAACUUCCUCAUUGUUGGAUGCAUUGGCAAAAUCUGGUUCAUGUAAACUUGGGUAGGAAUCACCUAUUCGGUAAAAUUCCUAAUUCAAUGGGUUCGUUAAGCAUGCUCGAGUCAUUGCAGUUGCACAGUAAUAAAUUUCUUGGAGAACUACCUUUAUCAUUGCGGAACUGCACCGUAUUGAAGUUCAUUAAUUUAGGUGAAAAUGAACUUUCCGGACUCAUUCCAAGUUGGAUCGGAGAAUUGUUAAGCUUGGGGGUUCUCGGCUUAAGAUCCAAUAAAUUUAUCGGCAAUAUACCAUCACAAAUAUGCCGCCUUUCUAAGCUUAUAAUUCUAGAUCUUGGGAAUAAUGGCCUAUCAGGACCAAUACCAAAAUGCUUCAAGAAUAUCAGUGUGAUGACUAUGACAAAUUCUUCACAUCAUUACGCAUUCAGAACUACGCGACUUUUUACGAGUACUCUUUCUGAAUUCUACAUGAAUAGUUUCUCAUUGGUGAUAAAAGGGAGGGAAGCAGAGUAUAAUAAAAACCUUGGACUUGUUAGGUGCAUAGAUCUGUCAAGUAAUAAUUUAUCCGGGUCCAUCCCGGAUGAGUUUUCAAGUCUUCAUGCGUUGCAAUAUUUAAACUUGUCUCAUAAUCAAAUUACGGGAAAGAUACCGAAGAAUAUUGGUGGCAUGGCAAUGUUAGAAUCUUUUGAUCUCUCGAGAAACCAUCUUUCGGGUGAAAUUCCACAAAGCAUGUGUAAUUUGACAUUUCUCAGUUACUUGAAUUUGUCAUACAACAACUUUUUUGGAAGAAUUCCUUCGAGUACCCAACUUCAGAGUUUUGAUGCAACUAGCUACAUUGGCAAUGCUGAACUUUGUGGAGUCCCUCUCAACAAGAGUUGCACAGGAGAGAGAGAAUCUCAAGGUCGAGGUGUGGCAUUAACGAAGAAAGAGGAAGAUAAAUAUGAAAUGAUAUGGUUUUAUAUCGGCAUGGGUCCGGGAUUUGCAGUUGGAUUUUGGGUUGUUUGUGGUACUCUUCUGCUCAAGACGACAUGGAGGCAUGCUUAUUUUCAGUUUCUUGAUCGCAUGGAAGACCAGAUGUACUUGGCCAUAAUGCUGAAGGUGAAUAGCAUCCGUAGGAAGUUCAAGAGAUCCAAUGAUGCAUAAAGUACUUGGCCAUCCAUCAUCUUCUACAAGGUUGUGUCACUCAUUUCACUCUUUCAACUUUUUUGAGGUGUAAAGGAGAAGGCUAGCUCGUGCCAUUGGUGAUUGAUUGUCUCGCUUUCAGUUGGAGUAUUUUUAUUUGUUUAUUUAGCUUGUGAAGAACUUCAUUUCUCUCGUUGAAUUAUGUUUGAACAUUCUCGUAUAAAGGAGGUGUUUGGGUAAUCUUUCCCGCCUCUAAGAUGUAAUUAAUUAUCAAAUUUGCUUUUAGUUAUUCUAUUA